CGCCGCAGCUGCUCGGCGCCCACCGCGCUCUGCUGGGCCCCGCAAACGUGAUGGCAGCGACAACCCUGUUAGUUUCCUUCUAGGACACCUCCCCUACUUUUGGAAAAAGGAUGAGGUUUGUGGCCGCGUGCUCCAAGAUGUAUUUUUGGAUUGGGCUAAGAAGUACGGGCCCGUCGUGCGGGUCAACGUCUUCCACAAAACCUCGGUCAUCGUCACAAGCCCAGAGUCGGUCAAGAAGUUCCUGAUGUCCACCAAGUAUAACAAGGACUCCAAGAUGUACCACGCGAUCCAGACGGUGUUCGGCGAGCGACUGUUCGGCCAAGGCUUGCUGUCUGAAUGUGACUACGAGCGCUGGCACAAGCAGCGGAAGGUCAUGGAUCUGGCCUUCAGCCGCAGCUCCUUGGUUAGCUUGAUGGAAACAUUCAACGAGAAGGCGGAGCAGCUGGUGGAGAUUCUGGAAGGCAAGGCGGAUGGGCAGACCCCGGUGUCCAUGCAGGAAAUGCUGACCUGCACCACCAUUGACAUCCUGGCCAAGGCAGCCUUUGGGUUGGAGACCAGCAUGCUGCUGGGUGCCCAGAAGCCUCUGUCUGGGAAAGUGAAGCGGAUCCUGGAGGGUAUCAGCGCAUCCCGCAACACUCUGGCGAAGUUCAUGCCGGGCAAGUGGAAGCAGCUGCGCGAGAUCCGGGAGAGCAUCCGCUUCCUGCGCCAGGUUGGCAAGGACUGGGUGCAGCGCCGCCGGGAGGCCCUCAAGAGAGGGGAGGACGUCCCCGCCGACAUCCUCACGCAGAUCCUCAAAGCCGAAGAGGGGGCCCAGGAUGACAAGAUUCUGCUGGACAACUUCGUCACCUUCUUCAUUGCUGGUCACGAGACCUCUGCUAAUCACUUGGCCUUCACUGUGAUGGAGCUGUCACGCCAGCCCGAGAUCUUGGCGAGGCUGCAGGCCGAGGUGGACGAGGUCAUUGGUUCGAAGAGGCACCUUGACUAUGAGGACCUGGGGAGACUGCAGUACCUGUCCCAGGUUCUCAAAGAGUCCCUGAGGCUGUACCCACCAGCCUGGGGCACCUUUCGCCUGCUGGAGGAGGAGACCUUGAUUGACGGGGUCAGAGUCCCCGGCAACACCCCGCUCCUGUUCAGCACCUACGUCAUGGGGCGGAUGGACACAUACUUUGAGGACCCACUGACUUUCAACCCCGAUCGCUUCAGCCCCAAAGCACCCAAGCCGAGGUUCACCUACUUCCCCUUCUCCCUGGGCCCCCGCUCCUGCAUCGGGCAGCAGUUUGCUCAGAUGGAGGUGAAGGUGGUCAUGGCCAAGCUGCUGCAAAGGCUCGAGUUCCGGCUGGUGCCCGGGCAGCGUUUCGGGCUGCAGGAGCAGGCCACGCUCAAGCCGCUGGACCCCGUGCUGUGCACCCUGCAGCCCCGGGGCUGGCAGCCCGCACCCCCACCCCCACCCUGUUGAGGGCCCCUGGGGCAGGAUCGGACUCCUCUGGCAGGGCCCACGCCCACCCUCCUCUGCAGACCCCUGCUGCCACCCUGCUUCCCUGUGCGCGUCCUUUGGGGCACCCUCCCCAGUGGCUCCUAGAGGACCCUCUG